UCGUUGCAUGUCGCAAUCCCACUUUCAAGACUUGGACUUGAGAACAGACACUAAAGCGUUGUUAGAAUUAUGUCAAGAUGUCAUACAAGAUAUAGAGGAAUAUAUAAAACCCGAAAGGUCAGCACCGAUAAAGUACGAAAUUGAUUUUUUAUGGAUAUCUGCACUUUUCAGAAUAUUAUUGAAACGAAAAGAGUACAGUGAAAGGGCUUUGAAAGUAUCUCUUGCAGCUAUUUAUAACAAUCCUGCAGACUACAGUUGCUGGGACUUUCGACGUCAAAUAUUAAAAAGUCUUCAGCAGUGUUCGUUAUUUCAACAGGAAUUGGAGAUAUGCAACGAAUUAUGUUUGCAGAACCCCAAAAACUACCAAAUAUGGUUCCAUAGAAGGUUUCUUUGUACGUUUUUGGAAAAUCCACUGCAAGAACUGCAGUUUACUGAAAUCACUCUACUCGAAGAUGCCAAAAAUUAUCAUGCUUGGUCUCAUCGACAAUGGGUCGUCGAUCAUUUUCAAGUGUUGGAUGAGGAAGCUUUUUCCAAAAAGUUCUUGGAAAUGGACUUUCGCAAUAAUUCUGCGUGGAAUUAUCGAUACUUUACGUUAUUUUCGAAUAUGAGGACAACUGUCAAUUCUUUGGAACUUCGACAAUCGGAAGCUUCUUAUGCAUGGGAGAUGUUGCAGAGAUCUUUUAUGAAUGAAAGUGCUUGGUACUAUUUAUGGAAAGUUGUCAAUGAUGAAUGGCAUCUCUUUCCCUCGAUAACACAAUCAGUUCAACACUUACUUGAAGAACAAAAACAUAAUAGAUUGGUAUGGAUUACUUGGUUCAAUAUUCUUAGGACGAGAGGUGAAGUAUCUGAAGCUCAAGUCAUUUGUAAGUAAGUAAAUAGGGAUGAAACCUUCAAGAUUCUAUUCCUCAUUUGGCUCUUGUGAAGUCAG